UUAACCAGGAACAAUGAUCUGUGCUUGUAUUUUUUUUCUCUCAACAUCAAAAUUGCACCAAAAAUGAUGAACAAACCCUAACCAGGCAAAAAGUCGCAAAACCAGUCCUCAUCUCCCUCUCCUUGUUCGCCCUUCCUUGUUGCUUCCCUAGCCCUAUCUCGCGCCGCUGUGCUCUCGCCGCCGUGCCUCCCGCCAUCACGUCGUCUGUGGGUGUUGUAUCGCAUGAUGCUUCCUGCUGCAGCCUAUGGGUGUUGCCGUGUUGCAAGUUGAUAGUGUCGCCAUAGCUGCUGCUCUCUUUUCCGCCGUGGCUGACUCCGUCGUGGCGCCGCCGGUUUAGUUAGAAUGGCACCAGAGAUAUCUAAAAGUCUUAACGGGAAGUUGAGCUAAGGGGAUAGAAUUCUUCAACUUGGUGGAGACGACAAACUGUUUAAGCAAUUCUUCAAUGUCAGAGAAGGUGGAACACUUCUAAAAGCUGUGCCAUGCUAUCUUUCGACAACAUCGGGGCCUUUAGCAGGUCUGCUGUUCAUCUUAAGUGACAGGGUAGCAUUCUGCAAUGAGAGAUCAAUCAGAAUAUUUACAGGGAAAGGCCAAAUGAUGAUGAUCCAGUACAAAAUUUUCACUCCUACCUUUGCAAUUGCAUUUUGAGGGCAUGGACAUGGCGGCUCAACACCCAACAGCAGCGCUCCUCUUGUGUGAUGUGGUGAUGGAGAUCCUCUCUUGGGUUCCUGUAAAGCCUCUCACGCGCCUGAAGCUUGUGUGCAAGUCAUGGAACUCCAUCAUCUCCCACCCUCACUUCGUCAAACUUCACCUUCACCGUUCACCCAAAAAUGCCAUCCUCCUCUUUACGCAAACACCAGCGCUCACCCUGGACCAAAAAGCAAAACGGGGCUUAGUGUUUAGUAGCGUUGAAUCUUUCAUCCAGAAUCCAUCAUCCACUCUUGAUGCUCAAGAGAAUCUCCACUCUCUACACGGACAAGACUGGGUUUCUGGUUCAUGCAACGGCUUGGUUUGUGUAGCCCAUAUUCUUGACCACCCCAACAACGAUAUUUGCGAUAUCUGGUUCCGUUUAUUGAACCCUCUCACAGGGUUUAUUUCAGAGAACUCGCCGUGCUUACGUGUCAAUGAGAAUAAUGUUUUUGGGUUUGGGUAUGAUGAGUCAAGUGACAGUUACAAGGUAGUGACUGUCAUUCGGGAUUCUUCUGAAACAGUAACUGCGCAACUUUAUAGCUUCGGUGGUAGUUCUUGGAAGACGAUCAACAGUUUCCCUGCUUUUCCGUUUUAUGCUGAAGAUAACGGCCACUUCAUCGGUGGCACUCUUAAUUGGCUAGGUCUCCGUAACCCGCAUGGAGAUGAUUAUGAUUGGGCUGCUGUUACACUUGAUAUGUUAAUGAUUGUUUCUUUUGACCUGAAAUCGGAUACACAUAAACAGAUUCUGCUUCCAAAGGUUAUCAAUGAGAUCCCCGGUGAAGAGCCAACUCUGGGAGUUUGGGGAAAUAGCCUGUAUCUUCUUCAUGAUUACAAGAAAACUCAUUUUAUUGCAUGGCAAAUGAAGGAGUUUGGAGAUGAAAAUUCUUGGACUCAAUUGCUAAAGAUUAGUUUUCACCAUCUCGGUGUUGAAAGGCUAUUAUCAGUGUUUAUAUUUGAGAAUGGAAAUAUCUUCAUGUUGAGAGGCAGGCAUCGUUUUGAGGAAGUUUUUUAUGACCGAAGAGAUAAUUGUGUUAACCGCAUUAAUAUCUUGGCCAACAAUAGUUACCUCAUUGCUUUUGAUUAUGUUGAGAGCUUGGUUCAGCCUUGUUAAAAUUCGGUUCCUAUUCAAAGUUUUGCUUCUGCAGCUUUUUGUUUUUCCCGCAAAGUUCAGGUCAUUGUGAUUAUUUUGAGUGUUUCCUUACUUUGGCUACUUCUUCUUCUUGGAUCCAAAUUUGUAGACGGAUCACUUUUAUUUUGGCUGCAAACGUUAUAUACACAGGUGCAUAAAAUUCUAACAUCCUUAUUAAUUUUUGCUAAUUGUUGGAUGAAGUUUACAGACAAAUGAAGUUGCGUUGAUUUUUUUAUUAGUAAGAAUCUAGAACAUGAUUUUCGCGACCAUCCCAGUGUAAAGUAAUGAAAUUUUCACUUUCUUUAUUUAGUUAUUGGUUACUUUAUCUUUUCAUGACAUAUAUUUUGUAUGGUGAACAAGCUUGAUGGCAAGCUGAAAUCUUAUUUAUAGUAGUCAUGGGAUGGGAUUGUACUAAUAUGAAUGAAUAAUAUAAGGAUGGAAAUAAAUUAUGACAUCCUAUUACCCUGCCAAAAGUACCCUAAGUAUGCCCUAUCUAUUUAUGAUGUAUAUACAUUCAUUAGUUUUUUCCGUGGAAAUUAUGUGACUAUGUGAAGGUAGUUUUGAUCCU